CACUGUUUAGGUAUUCCCAUAAGGCUAGAAAGAAGGCACGUGUGUCAGCAGGACCAUGGAGAGCUCCCAGAAAGCCGAGUACCUCUGCACCUGGACUGCAGGCUGCAGAAAGACUAUACAUGACUCAUGGCCAAGCAGCCCAGGACCCUGAAGUAAACAGAGUCAGUGAGUGUGUUUGCCUCAGACUUGCCAAAGAGUUUGAGCAAGUUCGCAACAGGCCCAAGGACACAAAGGGGAAAACCAUGCCCAUCCCUCAGUCCAUCGUCAGCAUCUACAGCCACAUUAGACAGCUGCUGGAGGACAGCAGGGUUGUCCUGGACCAGACAAACUUGGUUCUUGUGCCAGUUAACAACACUACUGUCUCUUCAUGGCUACUCAGGAGGGACAAGAGGAGGGACAGGGAUAUGCUGCUGCAAGGCACGGUACUUCCCAAGCAGCUACCUCUGGCCAAGGAGCUUCUCCCUGCAGUGAACACACUUCCAGAUGUUCCUGUGCAACAAGCACGUGAGACAAUGACAUUUGAAGACCCUGAAAAUCAUGAAGGAGAAGCUUUCCCCCGCCAGCACACUCUGGCAGCAAACAAACAACCUGUGUUCUAUCCACCAUAUGCCACUUUCCCUCCACAAUUUGUGCCUGCCACUCCACUCCAGCAAGCUCCUCAGUGGCAGCAUCUUCCUUCUUAUCUGCAUGCUCCCUCUCUUAUGCACUCUCCAUUUGCCCAUGCUCCUCCACUGCAGCCAGCUCCUCCAUUGCAGUUAGCUCCUCCAUGUCCUGGGGCUGCUCCAUGUCCUGUUGCUCCUCCAUGGCAGAAAGCUCCUCCCGUGUGCCCUCCAUCUGAGCCAAGGCAACGUGCCUGGAGGCUAAAAAAAGCUGCUCAAGAGGAUGAGGAGCUAGUGUCAAGGGGGGAACCACCAAAGAAGAGGCUGGCAAAGGAAAAGUACCAUUACACCUGCAAGCAGUGUGGCCAGGACAAAAGUAAAAGGACUGGACACACCCAGAUGAAGGGUCGAUGGUAUUGUCCAGCCUCAGGACUGACCCUGGAUGAAUGGAGGAAGACUUUACAGUAAAUGCUGUCACUGUGACUUGUUCUCCCAUUUUAUGUCUCUGUUUGUCUGUCUGUUGGACAGUUUGUGAGACAGUGUUCAUUGCACGCUGCAAUAAAGUUUUAAUAUAUUUGUUUGAGCCAAAA